CAGAGAUCGCGCCCGGUUGACCUCCUCCGCCACCCUCUCGUCCGUUCAACACUCUCGUCUACCCCUCUUCCUCCUCUGCGAUCGUCUAUCCGAGUCACCCCGCGUCAUUCUCUCCUGUCCCCUGCUCCCCCCCUCUCAUCAUGGCGGAACGAAUCCUCAUGAACGAGUACAAGACCUUGGCCAAGGAGCCAUGGGUCAACAUCGAGUUGAACGAAGAAGAUAUUUUUAACUGGACGAUCGGGCUCAUUGUUCUCAACCCGGACUCGUCCUAUUACGGAGGCUACUUCAAAGCCCUCAUGAAAUUCCCCAAAAACUAUCCCUAUUCCCCCCCAGAAUUCCGGUUCCUCCGGCCCCUUUACCACCCCAACAUCUACGAAGAUGGCAAACUCUGCAUCUCCAUUCUCCACGCGCCGGGCGAGGACGAGAUGUCCGGCGAAUUGGCCUCCGAGAGAUGGUCGCCCGCCCAGCGUGUCGAGUCCGUCCUUAUCUCCAUCCUGUCGCUGCUCGACGACGCCGAGGUGUCUUCCCCCGCCAACGUCGACGCCGGAGUCAUGCUGCGGAAAGACCCCGAGCAGUACAAAUCGAUCGUCCAGAUCAACGUGGAGGACUCCAAGAACGACAUCCCCGAGGGGUUCGUGAUGCCCACCCACCAAACAACCGCGGCGGCAAAGCCCGUGGAGAAGGACGACUCGGACUUCUGGGCGGAGAGCGACGCCGACGACGACGUUUUUGGCGGAAGCGACUCGGACGAGGACCUGAACGUCGACGACCAGGACACUGGCACGGAAGAGGAAGACGAGAAGCCCCGCCGCUAGCGGCCAUUCGGUACACCGUACAUACCCCGGGAAGACGUUUGACACGAUUUCUUCUCCGAUUUACAGGAAUAUUUUUUGGCGCCUCGGAGCUUUCAUCUACUCUUAUUUUCAUGGCAUAGCGCAG